AUGAAUGGGGAUAUCCCGUCUGGCUGCCAGCCAGCCACCCCGGCCCGAACUGUCCCGACUAGGCCCGAGAAUGAGAAGAAACGCAUCCACUGGGCACCGCUGAAUGUCGGUCUGGAGCGUCGCCUGCAAACAUUGAUUGUGCUGUGCCAUACUCUCACCAUUGCCAUUUUCCUGACCGGCUUCUUCUUCACAUGUGCCAUCCCCUUGUUUUGGCCGCUCCUGCUCCCGUACCUCGUCUACAUCUCGCUUUUCUCGACGGCACCGACGUCUGGGGAACUCAAGGGUCGGAGUCAAUUCUUGCGAUCCCUCCCCAUUUGGAAGAUCUAUGCAUCGUACUUUCCCGCCCGUCUUCACCGCGAGGAGCCUUUGCCCCCAACCAAAAAGUAUAUCUUUGGCUAUCAUCCACAUGGCAUCAUUUCACAUGGUGCCUUUGCCGCCUUCGGCACAGAGGCUCUAGGCUUCUCCAAACUAUGUCCAGGAAUCACAAACACCCUGUUGACCCUGGACUCGAACUUUCGCAUCCCAUUCUAUCGAGAGUAUGCGCUUGCCAUGGGACUGGCCAGCGUAUCCCGGGAAUCGUGCGAGAAUCUGCUAACCAAAGGGGGCGCCAAUGGCGAGGGCAUGGGUCGCGCGAUCACCAUUGUCAUUGGUGGGGCUCGCGAAUCGCUCAACGCCCAGCCUCAUACUCUACGUCUGGUCCUGAAACAGCGCAAAGGGUUCACCAAACUGGCCAUCCGCACUGGUGCUGACCUAGUGCCCGUCUUAGCGUUUGGAGAGAAUGAUCUCUACGAACAAGUGCGUUCCGACGAGCAUCCCAUCAUCCACAAACUGCAAAUGCUGGUGAAGAAGACGAUGGGAUUCACUAUCCCGCUGUUCCAUGCGCGAGGAGUAUUCAACUACGAUGUUGGGCUGAUGCCUUAUCGACGACCACUCAACAUCGUAAUCGGCAAACCCAUCCCGGUGAUGCAACAGUCGAAUCGAGACAAGAUUAAUGAUAACUACAUCGAUGAGCUUCACUCCCGGUAUGUUCAGGAGCUCCAGCGACUGUGGGACCAGUGGAAGGAUGUCUAUGCGAAGGACAGGAAAGGCGAACUGGAAAUCAUUGCGUGA